GGCGCGAGCUUUGGCCAAGUCAGUCAUCGAUUUUCGGUCGCACCGUGCACACACUGCGUAUACGUGUUGGAUACCCGUGUUCGGUUGCUCGUUUCAAAUGGAGGGAAAUCGCAAUGAAUUUUUCAACGAAAUCAUUGGCAAUAUUGAUGAAAUAUUCGUUCCCGACGAUCUGCACAGUGCCCGACGGGAGCUGCAGGAUGGCGAGAUCUCAAGGACCUUGGAGCGCUGCUUUAGCGUCAUUACGGAAUCGGGUAAAUUGCUGAGCGGCACUACGGCAUCGGCUCUAUCGCAUCGAAAGCCACUGAGUGCAUCCUCGCUGCAGCUUUCGGUGACCAGCUAUCUGAGUAGAUUCCUCAAACGUGGCGUCUACGACAAGAUCAAGCGCCGACAGACCCGACUCGAUCACAAUCUCUUCGAUGUCCUGUGGCCAGCGAUGCGGAAAACAUCGAAGGCGCGCCACUUGGAGGAGGACAUCAACUGCGGGAUUAUAGCUCCAGAUUUCGAUGUGUUUGUGGUGUUCCAAGAGUUCUUGGUGCCGUUGCUUAAGGACAUGCAUUGCCUGAGUAUCGAUGCUGAUUUCAAACCGCAACCUCGACUGGCCUAUUUUCCCAUGGACAAUGGCGAAAGGCUCAACACAGCGGCUUUCGUCUUCGACGAUGAAUCGCAGCUGGUCACCCGCUGUUUGGUUGAAGUCUCCAGGAAUUUGGAUCAGUUGGAGCUACCCCUGAACCUCACCAUUGGCCAAUUGGAGCAAGCGGAACGUCUGAUGAUGAGCAAAAUAUUUACCACCCAUUUUGCGGAUGCCAUUGGCGAAACGGAUUCGGGAAACUAUUACACCAUGACCGAACUCUUGGAACCCGACUCUGAGGUGACGAUGAUGCUCAGUAGCCUCGGUCUGAUGAUUCCACUCUUAGAUACAAAGGAUCUGGUGCAGGCUGCCGAGUCUACAGCCUUCAAUGGAGCUCUUUGGCCAUACGGCAGGGGUGCCUUUGUCAAUUCAGCCAACAAUAUGGCUGUGUGGCUGAAUUGUCAGGAGCACUUGAGAAUAAUCUCCACGACUAGCAGCAAAGAGCCAGCGGAUAUGGGAGCUGCUUACACGAGAGUGGGAAGAGCCAUAACCUACCUGGAAACCCAACUGCAUUUCAAGGAGAGCUAUCUCCUGGGUUACCUCCAGUCCAGGCCCAGUUACUUGGGCACCGGACUCAAGAUGACGACCAUAGUGAAGCUAACGAAUCUGAUGAAGGAGAUGGACAACCUGCGGCACUUGUGCUCGGUGCGGGGAUUGAGUAUGGUGACCAAUCGCCUUUCAAAACUCACCGUGCGCCUUGUCAAUAUGCAGAGCAUGGGCGUUGUGGAAUACGUGCUUUUCCAGGACUACUGCACUGCUGUCACCAAUAUCCUGUCCCUAGAGAAGGACAUGUCGCUGACGAACUCCAAGCACAUCGCCACCAUGCUGGUGAAGAUCUUCAAGCGCAAGAAGAACAGCAUCGUGGAUCGCAACUAGAAGAAAGCACUAGAUUCCAGCUCAAUGUACAUACCAACAAAAAACAAUACCUCCGCACAUUAAAUCACUAAUACAUAUGCUAAAUUUGAUUGAUACCUGCCACGAGCCCUCAUCUCAAAAACUCCUCCGCUUUCGCUGCGUUUAAGGUUAAUCCGCAAUCGUCAGGCGCAGCCAGUGAGCUUUCAGGCCAAUCCAAUCUUCAAGACGGAGCAGGGAAAAUACCUGGCUGAUUCUCUCGCCGAUCCUUUGAUCAAGGCCCUCACUGAAAUAGCCAACAAAAGACCCAGAGAUCCCGUUGCCUAUCUGACCAACUACCUGCAGCACUUCAUGGGCGACCGCAAGCCAAUGACCGAGGUCCAAGUUCACUCGGGCAGCAGCAAGGCCAGUACUAGUUCCACAUCCACCCUGGCAUUGCCCAAGUCGAAUGCCAGCUCGAACCAAAGAUUGGGCAACACACGCAAUGGUCCUGGUCCCACCAAUGCCGAUCUCAUCGAGCUGGAUGCUCGAUCUGUAGCCGAGGAUGAGGAUGCGGAAGGAGCACUGGCGGUGCAGCACAUGGAGGAGCGGGAUGAGCACGGUCAAAGUAUGCUACACUUCGCAUGUGCCCGCUCUCAUCGGAGGGGAGCUCUCUACACUCUGAUUGAGGAGUCGGGCAUUGACAUCACCUACCGGGAUGAGCUAUAUCGAACUGCUAGAGAUGUCUCGCUCCAAGCGAAUCAGCCGAACAAUGCGGCCGAGAUCGAUCGAUAUGUCAUGGCACAGGCAGUUAUUGGCGACGUCGAACCUUUCGAACAACUCGCUCUACAAGGCUACGAUCACAUCCUGGACAUCGAAGACGAAAAUGGUCAGUCUAUAACAGAUGUGGUGCAGUCCCGACAGAACGCUGCUCUUGGAGAGUUCCUGGCCAACCUUAAGGCAUUGGAGGAAUCUCGCGAAGAGCUGCAUCAAAUGAUCAGGGAAAAUAACAUGGAGCGAGUGGUUGAGUUGACCAAUGUUGCCAAUGCCAAGUGGUUGAUAAGAACCAAGAACUAUUAUGGUCGAACCGCCCUGCACAUAGCAGUGCUGAAGGAGUCCGAGGAAAUGGUUCAGCACAUGGUGAAAAUCUGUCCCGAGGGCUUGAAAAUCACAGAUAACUUGGAACGCACUGUUCUGCAUUACGCCAUGGGUACCAAUGCGCUGGAGAGUGUGAGUCGGAUACUAAUUCAGAACGGGGCCAAGCGAACCGCCAAGGAUCUCAAAGGACGACAGCCAAGCUAUUACUUCAUCAACAAAGCGGACAUACUACGCCUGCAGGAGGAGGAGGAGGAGAGCCGCUGAGAGAUCGGAUUAAGCAAUAUGUAUAGUAUAUAGUAUACAAUAAAGUACAAGUAUAUAG